AUGGCUCAACAAGCACCCGAAUUUAAACUUGUGUUAGUUGGUGACGGUGGUGUUGGAAAAACAACAUUCGUCAAACGACAUUUGACCGGUGAAUUCGAAAAGAAAUACAAUGCAACCGUCGGUGUUGAAGUUCAUCCACUUCAAUUUCAAACAAAUCGGGGUUUAAUUGUCUACAACGUCUGGGACACAGCUGGCCAAGAGAAAUUCGGCGGUCUCCGAGAUGGUUAUUACAUUGGUGGUCAAUGUGCGAUCAUCAUGUUCGACGUGACGUCACGUAUCACAUACAAAAACGUGCCCAACUGGCACAAGGAUUUAAUUCGUGUAUGUGAAAACAUUCCCAUUGUCCUCUGUGGUAAUAAAGUCGACGUUAAAGAUCGUAAAGUUAAAGCUAAAGCUAUAACAUUUCACCGUAAAAACAACAUGCAAUACUAUGAUAUUAGCGCCCGAUCAAAUUACAACUUCGAAAAACCGUUUCUCUGGUUAGCACGUAAAUUAGCUGGCGAUGCCAACCUUGAAUUUACUGCUAUGCCAGCUCUUAUGCCAGCUGAAGUUCAAAUGGAUAGCGAAAAAAUCAAGGAAUACGAACGGGAAAUAGCCGAUGCUCAAAAUGCAGCAUUACCCGACGAUGACGAAGAUUUGUGA